AUGAGUGUUAUAAAAAUGAGUUCCUGGAUUGUUUUGUUCGUGAUUUUGUUUAUAGUCGGGUCGGAGUGCAAAAAGAAGAAGGUUUCUUCAGGUCACAAGCCAAAACUGAAUAUCUGUACCUUAGAAAUUGAUGAAGGUGACUGCGGAGGAGACAGUAUGAGUGAAGAACCAGAAAAUUCAACUAUUUACUACGGAUUCAACAACGAAACGAUGAAAUGUGAAGAAUUCGUCUAUGAAGGCUGCGGAGGGAAUGACAACAGGUUCGAUUCCAUAAACGAAUGCUGGCGUAUGUGUUAUACUCCGCUGAAAUACUUCUUGGCAAGAGUCACUGAUUACCUGAUGCACCAGUAUAAUACGCAUCCACCUGAAACGAGUACAUCUUCAUCUAAUUCUGAACAAAAAGACUGAUUCUUAGUUCGUAUCCGUAAAUCAUCACCAUCAUUUAUUUUGGGA